UUUUACUUUCCUUUUUUAAUGACGCAAUGUCAAAGUUCAGCUGAUUCAAUUUUUUUUUCGUAAAAUGACCCAACAAAUAUGUUUUAGAAAAAAAAUAAUUCACCUUGCGUAAAAAAUGUACCUCUUAGAAAAUCCAUACUCAGGAACAUGCAAGUGAUCAAAGAGAUAAUUCAAAUAUGGAUUUUUACACUAUUCUUGAAGGUAAAGAUGAGAAGGAUAAGAAAUUUAUAAAAACCAUAGAAUGGGACAUGAUGGAUAAAACAAAAUUUUUCCCAUUAUCCAUGUUAAGUUCCUUUUCAGUUAGAUGCGCUCUGUAUCCAUUGACUCUAAUUAAAACCAGAUUACAAAUUCAAAAACGCAAUGCCUUAUACUCAGGUAUGUUUGACGCCUAUGGUAAAAUUUAUCGACAUGAAGGGUUUUCUGGAUUGUACAGAGGGUUUUGGGUAUCAUCUGUACAAAUAGUUACUGGAGUAGUUUAUGUUUCAACAUACGAAAGUGUUAGACAUGUUUUAAACCAAAGAAAUAUAAACUCGAGCCUAAGAGCCCUAGUAGCAGGUGGAGCAGCUUCGUUAGUUGGCCAAACAAUCAUAGUUCCCUUCGAUGUCUUAAGCCAACAUUUAAUGAUGAUGGGCAUCACAGGACAGGAAGGAAAGGUAACUAUUGAUUCAACAAAGUUAAGAGGUACAAAUAGAGACAUUUUUCAGGCAUUUAAUAAUUUGGGACUAAAUUUGAAACCUGGGCGAAGUAAAUUUGCCGUGACAGUAGACUUAGCCAAACAUAUUUUUAAAAUGGACGGAAUUGCUGGUUUUUAUAGAGGUUAUUGGGCUAGUUUAUCAGCUUAUGUGCCCAACUCUGCAUUAUGGUGGGGAUUCUAUCAUAUUUAUCAAGACGAACUUGCUGCUAUACUGCCGUUCUGGGUUUCACAUCUCUUAAUUCAAAGCGUCGCUGGUACGCUCGGUGGAUUUACAACAACGAUUUUAACUAACCCGUUGGACAUUGUGAGAGCUAGAUUGCAAGUUCAAAGGAUAGAGGGUUUCGGGGCAGCAUUCAGAAACUUGUGGCUCGAAGAAGGACUCAAGAUGUUUACCAAAGGUCUAAGUGUUAGACUCAUCCAAUCUGCCACUUCCAGUUCGCUCGUCAUAAUCAUGUAUGAAACAAUAAAACGGGUGUCAGUGAAUGAAGAAUAUAGAGAAUACAUUAAAUGGUGAUAUAUUUGCAUUGCUCCUACUGAACCGCAAAUAAAUUGUUUUUAUUUUUGUUACGUUUCAUGUGAAAUCAUUAUUUAUUGAAAAGUUGUACAUAGUAUUUGAAUGUAUAUAAACCUGAAAUAGCGUAACUCUGUUACAAUAGACUGCAUAUGUUGAAAUCUGCAAAAAUAUAGAUAUUGACUAGAUCGUUGAA